GUUUCCCAGCAUCUAACCAGCUUUUCCGCUUUGGCUAAUUUUGAAGAAAGAGAUGGGUCGGGCACCUUGCUGUGACAAAGCCAAUGUGAAGAAAGGACCAUGGUCACCCGAAGAGGAUGCUAAGCUCAAGGCUUAUAUAGAGAAGCAUGGCACUCGUGGUGGCAAUUGGAUUGCUCUUCCCCACAAAAUUGGUUUGAAGAGAUGUGGGAAGAGUUGCAGGCUGAGAUGGCUGAAUUAUUUGAGACCAAACAUUAAACAUGGUGGUUUCUCUGAAGAAGAAGACAACAUCAUCUGCAACCUCUAUUUGAGUAUUGGAAGCAGGUGGUCCAUAAUUGCAGCACAGCUACCUGGAAGAACAGACAAUGAUAUAAAAAACUACUGGAACACCAAACUGAAGAAGAAACUACUUGGGAGGCACAAACAAUCCGACAUCAAUACCAAGUUGUCGGACCAUAGUAAUAAUAAUAAUAAUCAGUUCACACAGGGUUUAACAAACUCAGCUAUGGAACGUUUACAACUCCAUCUUCAACUUCAAGCUCUUCAAAAUCCAAUCUUCUCCUUCUACAACAAUCCAGCUCUAUGGCCUAAUAUUCUUCCAUUGCAACAAAAAGUAACCAUCCAAGGUGCCUCUAAUGGCAGUACCCCUAACAUUGUUAUGGAAUCUGCUGCAGCUGCUACAACACCCUUAACCGGAGAUACUUUGGUGGACUCGAAACCGGUGGCAAUGGGACCACUGGUUUCGAGUUUCCGGCAGGGUGAGGUGGUGGAUGAGUUUGUUGUUGUAGAAGAUGGUGGUCAAAUGGCUGAAGUUGAUGGGUUUGAUGGUUUAAAGGACAACAUGGUUUGGUGGUCUAAUGGGUUUGAUGCAAAAGUAGGGUCUUCUAACUGUUGGGGUUCGGCUUCUUCUGUUGUUCAGUUCAAUGAAAUGUUCAAAGAUUAUGAAUUGGGGUUUAAUAUGUAGGAAAAGUACAAAAGAAGGAGAAAAACAAGUUUGGGGGAUUGGUAGGCAAGGGGUUUAAGCUUUAUUUGGGCAUGGAAAGUGGACAUCUAAGGUUGGAUUUCAGACUGAGAUGAUGUAAAUUUUUGUGAAUAAUAAUCUUUUCAUCGUA